AUGCCUCUGGAGUUCUUAUUCUAUGUCCGUGUGUCUGUGUGUCCCAAUGGGCACGUGGACAAGAUAACUUGUUGUUGUCCCCCAGCCUCUUCGCCACGGCAGGUUUGCCUCGAGAAAGAUCGUGUCCUGAUGAAGGUUUGGACCGAAUAUUUCCUUGUCGACAAUUCGACGCGUCCACGUCAAGUCGGCCAACCUCUCUCCUCAUCUCCACAAUCCUCCGCCAGCCCUGACGGUCUCCACACUCCGAGUCCACAUUGUGAGGAGCGCCGUCGCAAAGUCAGUCAGCGCAUCAACUGCGGCCGCAGAGCCCCAAAGAUCCGCGUUUCCCAAUGCAGUGGCGAGUUCCGUCAAGUUACUGUGACUAAUCGAGUAUACAAAAGUUGUCGCUGUGUUCAGAGCCUGGCAAAGUACAAGUUGAGAUGUGGUACGUGGGCAAACGGCGCUUGUCUGAAAUGGCCCAAGCUGAGAUUUGAGUCUGUGCUUAGUAGAGGCGAAGAUGCUCAACUUCUUAACCCAACUUAUCUUAACAUUAAAACAAAUAAUCUACCAUGCUGUCCUCAGCAUAUCCGUUACAUUCGUGGCAAGUGCCAUGGUGACUGGGCCGUUGAUCGUUGGCUGGGAUUUCAGGCCGUCCGUCGGCCUACCGUGGCGCAGGAUGCUCGUGGUAACGCAGCAAAAGGUCAACUUGGUCGCCUACACGAGUCAGUCGAGUGCAGGUCUACGGUGUUGCGACAGCAACGACGCCGAUGCCGGUGCCCGGUCGACAGGAAGCACAUCCGUUGUCUGGCCAAUUCGAGUGAACUGGCGACUGUCGUCACCACCUACCGACUCGACGAGCGUUCCUCCUCCUGCAUUCUGGAGACGACGAGCAGUAAACAGCGCAUUGACUUUACAAUUUGUCCAUCAAAUGUACACUUGGAUUGGGCAAUUUAUUCAUUCAAGAUGAUUGAUGUCUUCGCUGUAGUACAGGUAUUCCAGUCCAACCAGUUGGAAUAUAAUCAUUUGGGCUCUGCCGGUGCUGGCCGGCUGGAUGAAGAAUUGCCCAAGUAA